AUGUGCAGUCUUGCAUGUGUGACUUCGUUGCCGCAGAAGACCUUUCUCCCUGGCCCAGACCUCGUUUUGAGUCGCACCAUGCCCCUUCAGGUGACCUUCGCCUCCGGCAAGGAGGUGAAGGUGACGACAACUUCGGGCAGCAAGGUCAGCGUCCUUCGGCAGGAGAUUGCGGAACAGCUGGACCAACAUCCCAGGUGUGUCGAGCUAAAUGCCGGCGGAGUCCUCGGAGAUGAGGAUUCUGUCCCCGACUCUCAGAUCACCGUGGUGCUUGUGCGGCUGCCGUGGAUUGGGGCUGGCCCAGACUAUGUCAAGGAUGUAGGGGGCGGCGAGUUUGUCAUUGAGGGAGAAGAGAAGAGAGGCUCCAAGCUGAAUGCGCUCUGUGAGGUUGGCUUCUGCAGUGGCCAGGAGUAUUUUGAAGUUGAGGUCCUCGAGGGGGAGGGUGCCUUCAUUGGGGUUACCACCAGGCCUGGGUUUGCGGAAGGCUACAAGAUCAAGGGCCUCUUCUUUGGGGGGCCAGGCAACCUCAGUAACGGCUCCGGUGGUCUGCGAACGCGAUUUGGCGAACAUGUGAAGCCAGGUUCUGUGAUUGGCGUUGGCCUGGACCUGACAGAUGAGGCGACCGUGGGCGUCACGUUCUGGGAGAAAGAUACCUGCCUUGGAGAAGCGUACAAAGGUUGCCCGCGGCAGCCAGGAGCCAUGGUGUACCCUGCUGUGUGUGCAAGCAAGGUCGGGGAUCGUUUCAAGCUCUCUCUACGGAGGAAUCCACGGAAGCAGGAAGUGAAGACACCACAUCCAGCGGUUGGAUCCUGGGACUUGAAGCGCUUGGUUGUUGGGGGGGAGGUUGUGAGCCUUGACAAUGCUUUGACCGUCAAAGGCAAGGGAAGGGGCAAAGGCAAAGGUUAUGCUGCAGAUGGAGAAGACGGAGGUGAAGCUCCUAGCAAAGGCAACAUCGUCAUGACCUUGUCCGAACAACCUGGCACGCCACACUUCCGGCUUGGUCUGAGCUUGGGAAACACUCUCAUGACAACUGUACAAACCAAGAGUGGCUCGAUUGGCACCGAAGAAAUCCAAAUCGGCAUGGUUGCGGGUACUAUGAUGAUGUCACCGCCGCCUUUGAUGGACUUGGAGCAAACUUUCUCGAGAUCGCUGCCCCAGAUCACCUCCUGGAAUGUAACCAAGGACAGCUUGCAGAUGCGUGGAGGAGAUGUUGAAAUAGACUUCGUCCACUAUGACGCCCCUCCGGAGGAACCCAUUUCCAGUGUCACGCUUCCAUAG